CACAGAUCGUCAAAAGGUGCAGGUGGCCUUAAGCUUCACCCGACCUUACAUAGCCCAGGCCGACUUACGCCAAAAACACCAACUACCACGCUCCUCAACAUUGUCGGCGUCGCUGAGUUAGGCACUGGGUUGAACUUGAACCAUUAGUAAACCGCUAGCAAACAUGGCCGUCUCCCAAGAGAAAAUAACGGUCUACAACCUAGCAGACUUGAAAAACACGUCCGAUGACGCAAUCCCCAACUACCUCAACAGCCUCAAGUUCCGCCAGUCUCACCGUCUCACCGACGUGCGCCUCGCGCUAGGCUACUCCGCCUUCGCGCUCGCGGCCGCCUGUUUCGGCUGGGACUUCAAGUUCGGCUUCGAGUCGACCAAGUACUAUACCGCCGCGGCCGUGGCCGCCUACACGCUGCUCAAUGGGGCUCUGACGCUUUGGAUGCUCUACGUCGAGCGCGGGACGGUGUACGUGGGUACGGCGCCGUCAGGGGAGACGCUGCGGAUUUCGACGAGCACCAAGAAGAACGUGCCGACCUAUUUUGUGACAGUCGAGGUGCAGGAGAAGGACGGCAAGAAGGAGGUGCUGAAGAUCAGCCGGGCGUUUACGGAGUGGUUCGACGCGGCGGGACACUUUGUGGCGGCGCCGUUUCAGACUUUGCUAGCGAGCUCUCUGCCGGUGGUCGGGAAGCUUGAUCCGAAGAGGGCGGCGGCACCGAAGGAGGACGGUGGCGCAGAGGCUACGUAUACGCCGGAGAUGCUGGAUGUGCUGGCCCAGGCGAAUGUGAGCGUGGUCGGGUCGGCGGCCGAGGAGGCGACCGGGUCGGAAGCGGCUGGGACGAAGGGUGGGAAGAGGAGGAAGGCGUGAGACGGCGACAGAGAGUAGAUGACCGCGCCUAUUGAAUAUGGUGUUGAUCACACAUGUGAAAUGACCGGUACCCAAAUGGUCACCUGGACUCCCAAUAUGAGAUUCAAUCAACUCCACGGCUCUGCAAGGCGUGGCGUUAGGAUUGACCUCCAGUCCGACG